UUCAGUAGACUUGAUCACAUAUUUAAGUCUUAAGUCGAUUCAAAAAUUAAUUGAAAUAUUUUUAAUUAAAAAAAGUUUCUCUAAAAUAAAACUAAAAUCCCAAGAAAACUUUGAAAUAUUAAAAUUUAUCAAAAAAUUAAAAGAAAAUAUUUUUUCAAAAAUUUAUAACAAAAAUGUUGAAGUUUAUUUUGCUUGGUUUAGCUUGCUCAGUAGUGAGUCAAAAGGUGGACGAAAAAAUGACACUGGAGGAGUGGGCUAAAGCAUUCCCAAUAGCUGGUACUCAAGAUCCUGAAUAUGAAAUUGUGCCUAUUCAUACAUCUAGACUUCAAAAGAGAGAUCUCAGUGGUGGAACUCAUAUCCAACUCAGAGCUUUUGGUAAUAAUAUUAAAUUAUGGUUGAAUCCUACUGAUGGAAUUUUAGCAGGAGAUAAAACUCCAGUGUAUGAGAUCGUAAAUGGACCUAAACUUCUUUAUUAUGGUGAUGCCAUGAAAAGGAUUGCUACUCAUCUUUAUGAAGAUUCAUCUCAUGCUGCUACAGUAGCUGUCAACAAGGUUGACAAUCAUGGUUACACUAUGACUGGAUACAUUGGAAGUAAUGAUAUAUAUCUUCGCCCAUUCCCUCAACGCCUGAUGAACAUGGUUAGAAGAUAUAGGAGGUCGGUUGAUAACAUUCCAGAGUCAGAACUAGAAAAUUAUACCUAUCAUGUUGCUUAUAAAAUGUCUGAACUACCAGACAGUGUAAAAUACCUUGAAGCUCCAUUAAGAGAUUCAUCAUCCAGAUCAAAACGAUCGAUUCACAGCACAGUGUAUCCUGAGGUUUUAGUAAUCGUGGAUUAUCCUCUUUACAAAUUGCUCAAUAGGGAUAUUUGGGAGGCUGUAUCUUAUCUUUUGCCAUUCUGGAAUGCCGUUGAUAUGAAAUUCCGAGGCCUAGAACAUCCAAGAUUUAGAUUGAAUAUCGCUGGAAUUAUUCUUGCAAAGGACCCCUAUGCUUUGAAAUACAUGGCAGCUAACAAAUUCAGCCGAGAUGAAUUAAUUGUUGAUAAAGCUUUAAAUGGAAGUAUUUCAUGGGUAUUCAAAUUGGAGCCAACUAUACCAGUAGAAAAAUAUGAUGUUGCUAUUACUAUGACAUCGGAUCAUCUUUGCAUGAUGAAUGGUCAAACUUGUCAGCGUGGAACCCUUGGUCUUGCAUAUGUAGGUGGAGCUUGUCAAAUUGACAGACUUUAUACUAGGGCUUCCAAAAAUGCUAUUAUCCAUGAUAAUGCUGGUUAUGAAGGAAUUCAUACCACUGCACAUGAAUUAGGACACUUAUUUGGUGCUAAACAUGAUGGUGUUCAUCAUGCUGACUGUUCUCAUCAAGAUGGUUAUAUGAUGGCUGGAAAUCUUGUUUUUGCUGGCAAAGCAUCAGAUUGGUCUCAAUGUACUUUGCAAGACUUUGAAGAAUACCUUUCGACUCAGGCUAGUAGCUGCCUUGAUAACUUACCGAAUGCUGGAAAUCCAGUGCACCGAUUCCUACCCGGUAAAUUGAUGGAUGCAGAUGAGCAGUGUAAAAGACUGAAAGGUACUCAUGCUGGUCAUAAAGUCGAUGAAAAUGUGUGCCAGAUACUCUUUUGUCAAAGCCCUACAAAUCCUUCAGAGUUCGUAGCAACAUCUGAAGCUGCUGAUGGAACCAAAUGUGGUGAAGGGAAAAUCUGUUUGCAUUCAAAAUGUGUCGAUGAAAAUAGUAUUAUUUAGUCAUAGAUUUAACAAAGAAGAUAUAAUAUAUUUUUGUUUGCCAUAUCGUACAGUAUUGUAUCAAACUUUAAA